AUGGAGAAGAAACGCGUGCUGAUUCCCGGAGGUGCGGGGUACAUUGGCAGCCAUGUCGUGUACACCGUGCUGAAAACGGGCAAGUAUAAUGUCGCAGUGGUUGACAACUUCCACAACUCCAAGCCCGAGGCCGUUCGCCGCGUCGAGCAGCUCGUCCGCGACGAGUCUGGCGACGCGUGUGGCGACGUCGAGCUGAUUGAGGCCGACCUGCGCGACGCUGCUGCCAUUAACAAGGUGUUUGCGGACCGCCCUGCGAACGACCGGAUUUAUGCUGUGAUUCUCAUCGGUGCACUUAAAGCCGUGGGCGAGUCUGCCGAGAUUCCGAUCGAGUACUACGACGUGAAUGUCGGCGGCCUGCUGAACCUGCUGACUGCGAUGGACAAGCACGACGCGAAGCGGCUUGUUUACAGCUCGUCUGCGACCGUGUACGGCGCACCAGAGACGAUCCCCAUCCCCGAGACGACGCCGAUGGAUCCCCACAGUCCGUACGGUCGCUCGAAGCAGAUCAACGAAAUGAUCAUCCGCGACGUGUGCGCCGCACACCCAGCAUGGCGUGCUAUUACGCUGCGCUAUUUUAACCCUGCUGGAGCGCACCCGUCGGGGUAUAUUGGCGAAGACCCGUGCGGAAAGCCGGGUAAUCUGCUGCCGCUGCUUGCACAGAUGGCCGUCGGCAAGUACAGGGAGCCGGGCCUGAAAGUGUUUGGCAACGACUACCCCACGCCGGACGGCACCUGUGUGCGCGACUAUAUCCACAUUUUGGAUCUUGCGAGCGGCCACUUGAACGCGAUGGUUGCGCUGGACGACGACGCCAAGUUUGUCAAUGCAAAAAAUGACGGCAAGUACCGCGCGUUUAACCUCGGCAAGGGUGUCGGCAUGAGUGUGCUCAACAUGAUUGAUGCAAUGCGCAAGGCCACAGGCUACGAAUUCCCCUACGAGAUUGUGGGACGGCGGCCGGGCGAUGUGCCGAACUUGACUGCGGACCCUGCCUUGGCCGAGCAAGAACUCGGCUUCAAGGCGCAUCACAGCUUGGACGAAAUGUGCCGCGACCUGUGGAACUGGCAGUCAAAGAACCCGAAUGGGUACUCAUAG